AGGAGAGCGCAAGCGGCGGGCGGAAGGAGGCGGCCCGGCGGGCACCGGCGGCGGUCAUAUAUUGGAAUGAACUGCAAACAGUAAACAAACACCACAGUAUUUUCUUCAAAGCGGGACACACGGGGACAAGGGGAAUAUUGGUGUUCCAUCAAACUAAGAUCCUCAACAGUGAAGGAGCUUGGAAAAAACCUCCAGUAGGGCUGUUAACACUGAUGAGAGAUCUUGUAUGCCAAGAUUGCCUGUAUUUGAACAGACCACAUCAUGCGUGAGUACAAGCUAGUGGUCCUGGGUUCAGGAGGCGUUGGGAAGUCUGCUUUGACUGUACAAUUUGUUCAGGGAAUUUUUGUUGAAAAAUAUGACCCCACAAUAGAAGAUUCAUACAGAAAGCAAGUGGAAGUAGACUGCCAACAGUGUAUGCUUGAAAUCCUCGAUACAGCAGGGACAGAGCAAUUUACAGCAAUGAGGGAUCUCUAUAUGAAGAACGGUCAAGGGUUUGCACUAGUAUAUUCUAUUACAGCACAGUCCACAUUUAAUGACUUACAGGACCUGAGGGAACAGAUUUUACGGGUUAAGGACACUGAAGAUGUUCCAAUGAUUCUGGUUGGCAAUAAAUGUGACCUGGAAGAUGAACGCGUAGUUGGCAAAGAACAGGGUCAGAACUUAGCAAGACAGUGGUGUAACUGUGCCUUUCUAGAAUCGUCUGCAAAGUCUAAAAUCAAUGUUAAUGAGAUCUUUUAUGACCUGGUCAGACAAAUAAACAGAAAAACACCAGUGGAAAAGAAGAAGCCUAAAAAGAAGUCAUGUCUGCUGCUUUAGACCCGCAUCAUGCAGCAGCUCUGAGCCAGAUUGCAGGAAUGAAGAACUGUUGCCCAAUUGGAAAGUGCCAGCAUUCCAGAUGUCAAAAAAUGACAAAGUAACAACAUAUCUGAAGAGGCUUCUCCUGUUUUUAUAUAUUAUGUGAAGAAUUUAGAUCUUAUAAUGGUUUGCACAAGGUCCCUGGAAAAAGAAAUUGCUCUCUGUAUAUCUCUUGGAAAUUAAGACAAUAGUAUUUCUCCUUUGCAAUAGCGGUUAACAGAUGUGAAAAUAAAUAUAAUUGACUCUAGUGUAUAAUUAUACAAAAGAGCAUGGAUGCAUUUCAAAUGUUAGAUAUUGCUACCAUAAUUAAAAUAAUUUCAUAUUGACCUUUUUAUCAUCAUUCUUCCCCAUCAAGCACUAAAAAUGUUCGACUAUUAUACUUUAUAUCUAUAAUUAUAUAGAUAUAUACUAUAUGAAUUUUCCCUUUGAGCUCACUGCAGCAAGUAACUUUUUGAGUCAUUGACUUCAUUUUAUAUUUAAAAGUUAUGGAAUAUCAUUAUUUUCAUUCUGCCAUUAUAUUCUAAUUAAAAAUGUUUGUGCAUAAUGCUUUGGAAAAAUGGGUCUUUUAUAGGAAAAAACUGGGAUAACUGAUUUCUAUGGCUUUCAAAGCAAAAAUAUAUAAUAUACUAAACCAACUCUAAUAUUGCUUUUGUGUUUUACUGUCACAGAUUAAAUUACAGCUUUUAUGAAUGAUUAAA